CGAUGGAGCCAUCAGAGGUUUUAAACGAGGGACAUAUGAUCCAUGUCACACUAUUUCUGUCAGAUUUUCUGAUGAUAUGGGAGUACCUGAAGAGGCUGUGGACUUGGGUGGACCAAGAAGGGAAUUUCUAACACUGCUUAUGGAAGCUUUGCCCAGAUCUCAAAUGUUUGAAGGAGAAGAAGGCAAAAUGAACUUGGCCUUUGACAGUACUGCCAUGAGAGAGGACCGGUACUUCAUUGCAGGGAGGGCCAUCGCAGUAAGCCUUGUACACGGUGGUCCACCCGCACGCUUUCUGUCCCCAACUCUCUUCUCUUGCCUUGUUGACGGCCCAGAACUGGCAAAGCCAGUAUUGGCAGAUGUUGCAGAUAGUGACCUACGUGACAACAUCAAAAGGGUCAUAGAGUGUAAAGCAUUUGAAGAACUACUAGCAACAACAGGCCCACUGGAGGAGUAUUUGGCCAAUGCUGGCUGCCUAAGGCCUCUGCACAAGUUGGAAGACAAGAACCUGCUUGUAGACGACAUCCUGAUGUUUCAAGUGAUGCACAGAGUGCGUGGUCCUUUCGAGAGAUUUAGGGAUGGACUGAGAACACUUGGUGUGCUGGACAAAAUCAAAGCUCACCCGGAGAGUUUUCGCCCCCUUCUCUGCUGGUCUCCUACAACCCUGACAGCUGACCUGGUUGAAAGCCUCUUCACCAUCCGCCUUUCUCCUGCUGGCAGCAAUAAAAGGCAUUCUGAAGAAGUUGUUGUUCCUUUCUGGAGAGACUACCUCUCAGAUGCAGAAG